AUGCAGCUGGAGAAGGAGUUCGGCUUUGCACCUGACGUGCUGGGAAGGCUGCUGAUGGCCAGGGGUCUCGCAAACAGCCUGUCAGGUGUCCUUUGGGGAUCCCUCGCUGACCAUAUGGACAGGAAGAAACUUCUGGUCUCUUCGGUGAUGCUGGCAGGCAUCUUCACAUUGUGUCUUGCUGUCUCGAAAUUGGAGUGGUUGACCCCACAGCUUGCGUCACUGCGAGGCUCCGAGUUAAAAGCCUCUGAAAUCCCGGAUGCCAUGAUGCCAUGGCGCUUCUCUGGCCUGACUUCAGCACUCAUUGCUGGUGUCCUUCCCUGGAGAGACGCUUAUCGCUUUAUGGGCGCUGGCACAGUCUUGCUGGCGUUGUGCCUCCUUGCGAUGUUUCCAGCAGAACGACGUCAGUGCUCUGAAAGGACCCUAGCAGGUGCGGUCGCGACGGAAAUGGAACAGUUGCAAGUGAUCUUCCGCAUCCCAACAUUCCAGGCUCUCCUGCUGGGAGGUGUGGUUGGUUGCAUCCCUUGGAGCGCAUUAAGCUUCAUGAUGAUGUUCCUUCAAGAUUUGGGCUUUGACUCCUCCCACGCAGCUCUGCUCUUGGCCGUUAUGUCUGUCGGCCGAAUUCUUGGCUGCCUUGUCGGAGGCCUGUUGGGAGAUACCGUCGCUGGCCUCUCACCAUUGCAUGGCCGCGCCUUCGUAGCCCAAACGUCCAUCAUCAUGGGGAUGGCCCCCUUGUACUGGGCUUUACGCUGUUAUCCCCAUUCUGUCCGAGCUCCGUCCAGCCUUGCGGCUGCACUUUUCUCAUUCUCAGUGCUGGCGAGCUGGUGCAAUCCAGGAGUUGACCGCCCUCUUUGGUCUGAGUUGGUUAGCCCGACACGUCGCGGCAAGACCAUUGCCUGGUGGACAGCCAUUGCCCAGUCCUUUGGGUCAAUUUUCGCAGGUCCGGUGGUUGGCUACAUAUGCGUGAGCGUGCUUGGCUAUCAGCCUGGUGCUGAGAACCAUCGACAGGGAAAUGCAGAGUCGCUGGGCACAGCGAUGGCCGUGUGCACCAUGAUCCCGUGGAUUAUUUGCUUUUGUUGCUACUCUGCCAUCCAUGCCACCUAUCCAUCGGAUCGCCAUGCUGAGGGCCUCGUUGGCCCAGGUGGCAAGUAA